AUAAAGCAAUAUAAUCAUAAUUUAUUUAAAGUUUAAAAAUAAAGGUAAAAAGUUAAAAUUCCCAAAACAGAACUCACAUACCAAGCCCUAACCUCUAAACUUCCCAGAUCGCCUCUCAAGUCUCACUACCGACUACCGCCUUUGCUCUCACUACCAACCACCGGCCACACCUUUGCUCUCACCACUGCCUAUCCCAUCGGUUUCUUUGGAGCACUCUUCUCUCAUCUCCUUUGAAGGAGCAAAGAUGCCAUCAAUGGCGGAAUCCCAACAACCCAACGGCAACAUCUCUUUUAAGCACAACCGAAAUAAUAACAACAAACCCAAUUUCUUUGCCAGGAGACAAAAGAUUUUAGAGCAUCGGAAGUCGCUUCCUAUUGCUUCAGUUGAGAGAAGACUUGUUGAGGUGGUUCAAGAGAAUGAUGUCUUAAUCAUUGUUGGAGAAACUGGAAGUGGGAAAACAACCCAGAUACCUCAGUAUUUAUUUGAUUCUGGGUUCUGCCAUGAUGGAAAAACUAUUGGGGUAACGCAGCCGAGGCGUGUUGCUGCGGUCACAGUUGCGAAAAGGGUAGCUGAAGAAUGUGGUGUUGAGUUGGGACAAAAAGUUGGGUAUUCAAUUAGGUUUGAGGAUGUCACCUCAAGCUCAACUAGGAUCAAGUACAUGACUGAUGGAUUACUUCUUAGGGAGGCAUUAUUGGAUCCGUAUCUCUCUAGGUAUUCAGUGAUAGUUGUUGAUGAAGCUCAUGAAAGAACUGUCCACACUGAUGUAUUGUUGGGUUUGCUUAAAAGGGUACAAAAUGUGAGGUCCAACUAUAUAAAAGAUCAAACUAGUGUUGGUCAUAAGAGGGCAAGCAAUGGUGCAAUCUUGGAGAAAGAAAAUGCUGAUCCCUGCAUUGGUGUUUUAAACCAAUGCCAGGGGAGGAAUUUGUCACCUUUGAAAUUGAUCAUCAUGUCUGCCAGCUUGGAUGCACAUGUUUUCUCUAAAUACUUUGGUGGCGCAAAAGCUGUUCGUGUUCUAGGACGACAAUUUCCAGUUGGUGUAUUCUAUACCGUCGAUCCCCAGACUGAUUAUCUGGAUACUGCUAUUGUCACCAUAUUCCAGAUUCAUUCGGAGGAGGCUCCUGGUGACAUUCUUGUGUUUUUGACUGGGCAAGAAGAGAUUGAAUCGGUUGAAAAACAAAUCCAUGAGAAUUUACAACGGUUACCUGAAGAUAAGCGGAACAUGAAAACAGUUACUAUAUUCUCAUCCCUUCCUUCAGAACAACAAAUGCGAGUUUUUGCACCUGCUCCUGCAGGGUUUCGUAAGGUUAUACUAGCAACUAAUAUUGCUGAGACAUCCGUGACAAUACCUGGAAUUAAGUAUGUUGUAGAUCCUGGAGUUGUAAAAGCUCGUUCUUAUGAUCCAGUCAAGGGGAUGGAAUCAUUGAUUAUUGUUCCAACCUCAAAAGCACAAGCAAUACAGAGAAGUGGACGUGCAGGGCGUGAAGGACCUGGGAAGUGUUUCCGUCUCUAUCCUGAGAGCGAGUUUGAAAAGCUUGAGGAUUCAACCAGGCCUGAGAUUAAGCGCUGCAACCUCUCAAAUGUCAUUUUGCAGCUCAAGGCCCUGGGUGUCGAUGAUAUAUUUGGGUUUGACUUCAUAGAGAAACCCUCAAGCGCAGCUAUUAAAAAGUCAUUGGAGGAGUUGCUCUUGCUAGGUGCUUUAACUGAUGAAUUCAAACUGUCAGAUCCAGUUGGUCGUCAAAUGGCUCGGCUCCCAUUAGAUCCUGUUUAUUCUAAAGCUCUCAUCCUAGCUAGCCAAUUCAAGUGCCUGGAUGAAAUGUUAAUUGCUGUCGCAAUGCUUUCAGUAGAAUCUAUUUUUUAUGAGCCACGUGAGAAGUUGGAUGAGGCAAGAACUGCAAAGAAAUGCUUUGCAAGUUCCGAGGGAGACCAUCUCACUUUGAUUAAUGUUUAUCGAACGUCUAUUGAGUUAUUGGAGAAGAGAAAGUCUGAGAUUGGCAAAGAUAAGGCUGAAAAAGUUAUGAGAAAGUGGUGCAAGGAAAACUUCAUCAAUAGCCGUUCUUUACGGCAUGCUCGUGACAUCCACAGUCAAAUCCGCCGACUUGUUGAACAAAUAGGCCUUUGCAUUUCUUCUUGUGGAGACGACACACUUCAGUUCCGCAGAUGCCUUGCUGCUGCUUUUUUCCUCAAUGCAGCUUUGAAGCAACCUGACGGAACAUACAGGGCUUUGGCAAGUGGUGAGGUGGUGCAGAUCCAUCCAACAUCUGUGUUAUUCCGAACAAAAGCGGACUGCAUUAUUUUCAACGAGUUUGUCAAAACUACUAAUAAGUACAUCCGCAAUAUAACAAUAAUUGAUGGCCUUUGGUUGACAGAGUUAGCCCCCCACUAUUAUGCCAAGCAGGAGUAGCAGUUUUCAUAUGAGUACUAACUGGUAAGGGGCAGAGAAAAUAAAAGAAUGUGUUCAGUGAUAUCUGUAACGGAAUGGAUUAUUCCAAGUUGUACUGCCUUAAUUUACGUAUAAUAUAUGCUUAUAUUGCUUGGAUUCUUCAUUUUUCUUGAAAUACUCGUGUUUGACUCCUAUGUUCGACCAAUGCAUAUCUAGAUGUGGGUAUAGUGAUUGGAUCAUCCAAGGACCCCCUGGAGACCAUGAACAUCUUGGAAAAGAUUGAAAAUACCUGUGUUUAACAUGUACCAAUACCUGAGGGUCAUAAUGUAUGCAAUUUCUGUGUGCCUACAUAAUAAUUUAAAAAUUCAGAAUAGAUCUUUUUGCUCUUUAGCUUGAAUGUUGGGUGGGAUUCCUUGCAUGUUUGAAUUUGCCAUUUACUUAUCCUUUGACAUCUAUUAAUUCCCAGAUCCGUUUGUUUGAUUUUUGUUUGCCUUGCAACAGCAAAAAUAUGUUGAUUGCGGAUUUGCAUCCGUUAGUAGAUAUCUAUUGUUUGCCUUUGAGAUACUUGGGCGUGACGAAAUCAUUCCAACAAUGGAAUUCAAAAAGCAUAGCUCAGUACUUCUGGAAGGCUUCUCUCAGUUUGUAGGACUUCAAAUAUGGAAGUUGAUGGAGGCCCCUUGAACUUGAAGGGAAGAGCUCUCUCCAAUCUGUACACUUGGGAUGGAGUUAUUAAUCUUUGUAUGUCAUGUUAAUCCAAGUUACGUAUUCCAACACUGAUCGUGAACAUGAAGGUAAGGUUUUCUCCAGGUCUUAACAGGGCUAAUCUUUUCAAGUGUAGUUUGUUUGUAAUGAUCUCUCUUUGGUUAGCUAGUUUCGCCAUUGUUGUUUUUUCAAGAAUAGCUUGUAAAGGAUUAGAAUAUUGUUUGAACCUUAUAAGUAAAAGAAUAACUUAUAGCACAAGUUACACUGGGAAAAAAUUGGUUAAAGGGUAUGUAUGGUCCCAAUCAGGUCGGGUCAGGUUGGGUCGAAUUAGGUCUGAUCUGAUGAGUUAUGAUUUUUACUUGCUUCACAAAAGUGAUAUCAAAAGCUUGUUUCAUAUGUUUUUUUAGCCCAAUUUUAGAGGGAUGUGGAAAGUAAUUGAUUUGAAUUUUUUAUUUGGUGUCUACUUUCAUCACGUGCCAUUGAACCAAUGACUUGUCUGUAGUUUGUUUUGUUAUUAAGAAAUUGUGUUUUGUAUUAAUAUUUUAUAAUGAAAUUAUUUCAUAAAAAUAA